UGCAAUGAACAACACUGCACAGUGAAUUUAAGUGUGAACACUCUCAGUUGCGUGCAUCUGGCUCCAGGAAGCUAUGAGUGGGGUCAGGCUGAUACUCUACAGGCUGCAGCUGACUUCAAUCAAAGACUGAUGACCUGCAGGUGGCAAUCCCACUAAAUGCUGCCAUCUUUGGCCAAGCCUUUAAAAUCAGAGCAAGCUGUGGAGAAGAGCGAGUGUGGGCUUAGGCCAUGUAAGAUGGAGUUCCUUUUGCCUAGUGUGCCAAUGGUGAAAAUCUUCUCCUUUCUGGAUGCCUUCAGCUUGCUCCAAGCUGCCCAAGUGAACAAGAGCUGGAAUGAGGUUGCAAACACUGACUACCUCUGGAGGAAGCUGUGUCAGAAGAGGUGGUUCUUUCCAGACAUGCCUCGAAAGUGCUGGCAUAAACAGACAUGGAAGCAGUACUUCCUUCGCCAAACUAGGCAAGAACACACUAUAUCCCGGGCAAAGCCAGAAGACUUCAUCUACAAAGAAAUGCCCGGGGACUUUGGAGUUCAGGGAUAUGUGAGCUAUCUCUCAAAGGGUGGCUUAACAAUGGACAGAGAAGGAAAAUCGGUGGUCUGUGUGGUGACUUCCAGGACAAAGCUUACUGCCUGGGAUAUUGGAGAGGGUGCUAUGACCUGGUUAAGCCCAGAACAGCCUAUCGAUAUCCUGAAACUGGCUUCCCUCCCGGAGAUGCACCUUGUGAUCACCGUAGAUAAGGAUGCAACCGUCAAAGUGUGGAACUGUCGUGACAGGGAUGCUCUGGCGACUAACAGAAUGUUAUCUCCCUGUCGAUCACUGAAAGCUGUCAUUACAAGGCAUGGUCCAGUGGUCUUGGCUGGUGGCACUUCUGGUGACCUCCACACAUACCGGGUUCCCGACUUACUGCUCAUUUCUACAGUCCAUGCAUUGGAGGCCCCUAUUAACCAGCUCUACUGCUCUCCUCACUUGAAGUGGGUCUUUCUGAAUAAGAAAGAGCCUCGUGUCUUGCCAAAGGUGUUUUUCAUGGACAGCUUGCUGAGGCCAGCAGAAUACCCCACCCCUGUGUUUUGUGUUAUUUCAUUUACAUUAUGCGUCAAAGGCUUCUGGACCCCAAGGAGGGAAGACCGGAUAACGCUGAUGUACCAGAGAGGCGCCCACAGAACUGCGGGAUUUGUUACAUUUGAUAUAGAACUGGAAAAGACAGAGGACAAAAUAAAUGUUGAAGCACGUGUUGUAGCAAGCUUCAAGCUGUCAUGUCACACGCAAAGCCCAGAGUGGAUGGGCGUCAGUGACAAGAGUGUGAUUGUGUGUUCAAGUGGGCCAUCUCUGUUAGUCUACACCAUGACUGGGCUCCAGCUGCAGAGAUUUCAGGACUAUCCGGAAGAGAUCAUGCAAUUACUGGUGAAUCCCAUAUACGUCAUCGUCACAUUUACUGACGGCUGUUUGGAAGUGUACAAGUGGGAGGAAAGAAGUUAUUACCUCACGAAGUGUUACCGCCUGCAAAAUGAGAGCCAUCUGGGGCAACAAAGCAUGAUCCCCAAAACCCUGUGCGAUGACGUGAGCAUAAUCCGAGUGGUGGCAAGAAGGGCGCAGUGCUUUCUGCUGGCGUACGUUAUGAAGCUCUGCUCUUGA